AUGCCACAGACAGAGAAUCGAAAACAAGGAAGUCACAUGUCGGAAGAGGGUGGGACGAGCUCGUCUGGCUGCCUGCCCCGCACCGCGCUCCGCCUGGAGCCCUGCAACCCCCAGCAGCCGCAUUGGCACAAUUUUUAUAUUUCUAGCAGUAGUGAAACUUUUGACUAUGUAGGAGUCUUUUACCAGGUACUUAAUUGCCAAGCUAAGAGAUAUAGUAGUAGUGACAUUUCACUAUAUACUGGUGUUUACAAAUAUACUUAUUUUAAUUCUCUUACAGCUGUUGUUGGCCUGCUGUACCCCUGCAUUGACAGUCAUCUUGGAGAACCCCACAAAUUCAAGAGAGAAUGGGCCAGCGUAAUGCGAUGUAUAGCAGUUUUUGUUGGCAUUAACCAUGCAAGUGCUAAAUUGGAUUUUGCAAACAAUGUCCAGCUGUCACUGACUCUAGCAGCUCUGUCACUGGGCCUCUGGUGGACAUUUGAUCGUUCAAGAAGUGGUCUUGGUCUCGGAAUUACGAUAGCUUUUGUAGCCACUCUGAUCACUCAAUUUCUUGUAUACAAUGGUGUUUAUCAGUAUACAUCCCCAGACUUCCUUUACAUCCGUUCUUGGCUACCCUGUAUAUUUUUCUCAGGAGGUGUGACUGUAGGAAACAUAGGACGGCAACUUGCUAUGGGUAUUCCGGAGAAACCACACAAUGACUAACUCAUUGGAGCAAAAGACAUGGUGCCAGCGUGGAGGAAAGAAAAAGAAGAUGCGUUCCUGUUUAGAACUGCGGAUUAUUUUUUUUCUAAAUAAUCUAUGGGUUUACUGCACAAAUGACUUGUGAAAAAAUAUUAAUCUCACUUUUAGAAUAGCCAAGUGAAAUUAACUGCUUAUCUUGAAAUCUUUCCUUGAUUUACUGCAUAAGCAUUUGCGCCUGACUGUUCUCUGGAAGAAUGUAACACCACGUUUUAUGCAGCAGUUCAGGCUACAUGGCAGUUUUCCAAGUACUAGAUUCCAAUUUAAGUUAUUAAAGCAGCUGCCAUAUUUCAAAGCCUUGAAACUAAAAUUUAAUUACAAGCUCUUGUACCAGUGCCCAAAGGAAGUAGAUUGAUGGUGCUUAACAAAGAUGAAGUAUGGUUUUAAUAGGAAUAGUAUUUAUCCAAAUCUUUUUUAAAAUAGGGUUGUUUAAAAAUAGGGUUACUCAAAAAUAAGUGAUCAAAACAACAACAUUUAAAAGCACUGUACUGAGUGCUUUUAGAAGCUUAUAUGAAGGAAUCGUGACCUUAUUUGUAAUGCUGCAUGAAGGUUUUGAAGUCACUUUGUUUAAAAUCUCUAAAUCACUUUAGAACAAUAGGCAAACACUAGAGACAAUCUCAUUGAAAUAAAAGAGUUUGAAAUGGAGAGGGGAAGAAGGUGUUUUGAUAAUUUGCAUUAAAGCUCAUCUGAGUGCAGUAUUCCUUUGCCUGUAAUUUGCAAUCACACUUACAGAAGGGGUCAAAAUUCUGACCUCAGUUCUGUAAAGGUACUUGGGCAUAUGCCUAGGUUUUUAAGUGAGUAUUGUUUAAAUUUGGGCAUAUACUUUGGUAUUUUAAUAAAUCAGAGCCCUUGAAAUGCCAAGCAUCUUCAGUAACCCUGAAAUGAGUGGGAACUGCACAUGCUUAUUGUAAUUUAACCUGGCCCUAACUCCCACUAAUAGUCAGAGAGACUUAUUUUCAUUUGCUUGAAAGUGAAAUGAGGCCCUGCAAUGAGCAUUAUUUUGCUUCAUUUUUAGUCAGACUUUUGACUGAAUUCAGUGGAGUUAGAAGCAGGUCUGGAAUGUAAUAACUUGCUAUAUUACAAGUUAGCCAGAGUUACUAGCUUGACUUGCAGUUAGGUUUCUGACAAGAGAUCACUGCUUUGUUUUUUUUACAACCCUAUGGAAUUUGCAAUCUGUGAUUGCCUUGUAAAAAGAAAAGUGAUUAUGUCACUACAUUAAACAUUCAUUGUUUCUAAAUAUUUAGUUUUGGUGAGCACAAUGUAUUCAUUUAAUAGCUUAGACCACAAUAGACCUAAAUAGCAAGUAUUAGGUCUUAAAAUUAAAGUGCAAUGUACAGUAAAAUCUGAGCCUUGUAUUCUCUUCAAUAGUCACUGUUUCUUAUGAGUGAUUAAAGAGAAGAGGGUUCUAAGUUCAUUUCAAUGCUGCAUGGAGUCAAAAUGGAGCAAUAAUUUAUUUAACUAGUAAAGGUAGUUUAUUGUACCUUCUAUUAAACCCACAUUUUUAGAAAUACUCCAAUUUUGUGGUUAUGGUGUACUUGUAAACUUUUAUGAACUUGCCUUUUGUAUUAUGCAAUUUUUUGUUCAUUUCCGAUUUCAUGUGGUUUCAGAUUUAGUCAGUAGCAUCUCCUUGGAGGUUGUCCCAUCAGACAUUGAGAAUAAAUAGUAGUGUUUUGGGCUUCAUUUCCUUUUUGAAGGAAAUCCUAUAAAUACUUCUGGUUCAGACUUCUAAAUCCUGAAUUGAUUUUUGUAAGGGGGUUGUGGGGAGCAACUUGAACAGCAGAGUUACCUUUACCUUACCACAGUGGCUAGCUUAAACUGAGCCCAAUUCUGAUCUCACUGGGCACAUCUACACAUGAUGCCACAGCAAUGUAGUGUUGGUGGUCACAAACUGAUACCAUAGUGAUGCGCUCUCUGUUAUAGUGUUGCUAUGGCAACAUAGUGCCUAAAAAUAACUAUGCCUGGUGCAGUAUGGGGUGUUACUGCAAUAUCUCUUAGUACUUCCAAAAAGAAGUACUAAAUGAUGGCACAGAAACAACAUUGCCAUAGUGAAAUGUGUAGACGUGCCCACUAAGUGUAAAUAUGGAAUAACUGCAUUGGUGAGAAGGCCUACUGCAAGUGUUUAGGGCUGGAUCCUAUUCCAUCCCAUUCUGCAGCAUCCCUGAAAAGAAAUGCUAUGCCCCAAGUGUGUAAACACUACACAGCCACUGGGCUGUUGCCACAGUGUACAAGCAGCUGUGUGCUUCUGGUGAUUCUGCAUGGCUCCUCUACAGCAGCCCUGUGAUCAGAGUGUGAAGUACACCCUGGAAGGGCACUAACUGCCAAGUAGGCUGUCAUAGCUGGUUAAACAUGAGAGUGGGUAAUUCUGCUGGCAGAGUGGAGAGCUGUUGCCACAGAGGGGCUUCCAGUAGGCACCAGAGUUCUGCUUGUAAAACUUAGUGGUGCAGGCUGUGCCUUAGUCUUAAAGCUAAGGUGAAGGUUCAGUAUACAAGUACAUGUGUUCACAAUUUUUCCCAGGACUUAAUAAGAAUGGAAUAGGGUUGUACUGAGACAACCCAAAUGCCCUUGGAUGCCUAAAAGACGGAAAAGAGUCUGGCCCAUGUUCUGUCAUUAAGAUUAGUGCGGUUAUUCUGAGAAACUUGCAUGCAUACGUAAGUUCACAAGAUCAGGAUUGGACCAGUUUGUCUAGUAAAAUGCCUAAUAUUAAAGUGGUUACCAGCAUCAAUUCCCACAAAAUGCAAUUCAAGAUGACAAUGAAGGGUAAAUAUACUAGAUUUGAGAAAGUAAAAAGUAUUCUAAAGUUUAUUUUGAAAGACCUGAAACUAAUUCUGUAUGUAUUAAAAUAAAAAAAAAA